AUGCAUUUCUUGAUCCUAGGUGCCACAGGCAGGACAGGCGUCCACGGCCUCAAAUAUUCUCUAGAGCAAGGCCACUCGGUGACAGUCUUAGCCCGGAAUACCUCGUCCAUCGAGCCCCACCCUAACCUGACGAUCAUCGAGGGCUCUGUUCUAUCUGAAGAUGACAUGGACCGGGCCAUCACAUCGACAGGGAAACCCGUCGAUGCCGUGCUGGUCUUUCUCAACUCUGCACGCGUCUCUCUGAACCCUUGGGCGCAGUUUGUCGGCCCGCCGCGUCUAAUGGCGGAUGCUGUAGCUAAUGCGGCGAGAGCUUUGCGGACAAAACAGUCUGACGUCUCGCAGAAGCCCCGGCUGGUAGUCAUGAAUGCCAUGGGCUCGGGCGAGAGCUAUAACGUGACGCCAUAUCUUUUCCGCCUCAUGAUCAACUUUUCCAAUAUAGGGAAGACAUACGAGGAUCACAACGCCGUUGAUGCAGAGAUUGAAGAGAACUGCGGCGAUGAAAUUUCUUGGACUCUGGUCCUUGCGGUUGGCCUUCGGGGAGAGGGUGUGCUGCCCGUGAAGACCUUUGCGCAAAAUGAAUCGCCUGCCAGCACGCUGAUUACUCGCGAAAGUUGCGCGAAGUGGAUGGUGGAUGUCGCGGCGGGUGAUAUGAAUGAGGAAUUUAGCAACAAACGGGUUAUUGUAUGCAAUUAA